AGUCACAGACAAUGUUUUGUUUUGGAACACUCGGGCUGACUUUCUUGACACUACCUAGGGUUUAAUUUUGUGGACUGGACGUAAUUUUCGUGACAUAGUGUGAACAUGGGGCCACACGAUCACCUCGAACAAGACGACGUGUCCGAGGCCUACUCAGAAGAGACGCUAUCAAGAUGCAACAGUGCAGAGAAAUUAACAUUUACAGUGCUUGGAGACGGAUUGGUAGAAGAAAGAUUCCGUGUUGAUAGAAGGAAACUUGAGGCCAUGAUUUUGGGUUGUCCGCCAGACCCGUGUGAUCUUGAAAUCAUGAAGUUGCCGAUAGGACGAGACGGUCAUGUCCUCUCUGCUGAUGACUUCUUCCACGCGGUCAUGGAGGAGACGAAGACGGAGAUCAAAUAUCCGAAAUUCCUGAAGGUGGGCGCCAGGAACAAGAAGGAUCCACAUGUGCGAGUGUUGGGGCUACCAGAUGCGGUGCGAACUGCUGGAGCGAUGGUUAGACAAGAAUUAGAACCCCACAAUAAAGUAACCAUGAAGCUUGAUGUGUCGUGGACUUAUCACUCCCACAUCAUUGGCAAAGGAGGCAACACCAUUCAGCCAGUUGUCAAACGUACAGGUGUGAGCAUUCACUUUCCUGAUGGCAACAAGAAUAGUGAAGUACGCAAAAGUAAUCAGGUGUCCAUCAACAGCGGGGGAGGAGCUGGUCUGGAGGAGGCACGGUCAGCCAUACGGGAAUUGACUCCUCUCAUCUUCACCUUCACUCUCUCUGCCGCUGCCCAGUUUAUUAAUACCUGCAUAUCGGACCCAAAUAUGCUCAUAAUUCAUGUACAAAACACUUAUGAUGUGCAGGUGGACCUGAAACUGACAGAUGACAUUCCCUUAUUGUGGUCGUGGGAAUGGGAUGCAGCCCGUGUGAAGGAGGCAACACUGUGCAUCUUAAAAGCGUAUUGUGAUACUCUUGCCAAUCAAAUACCUGUGCAGAUGACAGUGGAAAUCUCUCCACAGCACCACACAUUUGUUCUUGGACGAAAUACGAGGACACUCAAAGCGCAUCAUGCGACUGCUACAAAAAUAACAUUCCCUGACAGUAAUGAUAUUUCCCUGCCUCCUCUCAAGAAGUCAACUGUCACCAUUUCAGGAGGCAUUGAUAAUGUUUAUCUUGCAUCACAAAAACAUUUUAGGUGCUCUACCACUGGUCCUUAUGUUUGACUUGCUGCCCGACCAGACGGUAGACUCAAAUGAGGUAUCACAAAUCAUGCAAACUUUAGACGCUUAUAGUUAUAAAAAACAAGAGGCUAGAUGGG